CAGAGAAAAGAAAAGCCAACGCAACAACACACACUCUCUCUCUCGUGUGCCGGAAGGUCGGUAGAGACUCUCUCUCUCUGUCUCUCUUUCUUUCUUCGUUUGGUUGUUUGGGUUGCUGCAUCCCCAUCUUAGGGUUUCGUCGUUGACGCGCCCUUUUUACUCCUUUGCCCCUCUCCGCUUCAAUGGACUCCGAUUCCUGGAUUUCCGCUCGUCUCUCCACCGCUUCACGCCGUUACUAUUCUCGAUCUGAUCUGUAUGUUGGCGGUGUUCACGAGGAUUCCGAUGGCGGAGGUGGCGGUGGCGGAGGAGGAGGCGAUGAUUUCAGGGCGGAGUUUCUUUGCCCCUUUUGUGCCGACGAGUACGACGUCGUUGGACUCUGCUGCCACAUUGACGAGGACCAUCCUCGAGAAGCCAAAAACGGGGUGUGUCCAGUCUGUGCAAAAAAGGUGGGGAUGGAUCUUGUCGGACAUAUUACUACACAACAUGGGAAUUUUUUAAGAGUGCAGCGAAAAAGGAGGCUCAGGAAAGGAAGCUCCAGUUCAACAUUUUCUAUAUUGAGAAAAGAAUUGAGAGAAGGAGCCUUGCAGUCCCUUCUUGGAGGUUCUUCCUUCAUAUCUUCCUCCAAUUCUGAGCCAGAUCCUCUGUUGUCGUCAUUCAUUUUUAACCCAGUUUUAUCCGAUGAGUCUGAAAGUGCGCAACCUUGUCCUUCAAUUGAAGCUGCCCUAGUAAAAGAAAGCUCAAAUAAGAGUUCCUUGGAAAGAAAACCUCAACAGGUACAGCUGUCAGACGAGGAUAAAGUAGAGAAAGCGCGGAGGUUUGAGUUUGUUCAAGGGCUGCUCAUGUCGACAAUUCUUGACGAUAACUUAUAACUGAAAUUUAUGGCUCGUUAUGCUACUAUUAUUACUAUUGUACUAGGAGCAGGAGCUAUAUGUAUUAAGCACCAGAGGAGAAGUGGGCGUUCGAGUUUGUUGAGGAAGAUGAUAGAAGUGGGAGUAGCUAGAUCAAAGAAAAUAUGUAAUGUAUCUAGAGCUAUGUUCAUAAAAUGCAACAAUGGGAAGGAACCUUUGUUAUGCUGCUUGUGUAAUAUGCUAGUUCAAUGCAAAUGAAAUAAAAUUUAUGUGGCGUA